CAAAGCAGGGUUAGGGGUGGGAGGGCGGAGAUCCUCUCUGGACUGGUAUCGUGCCUUAGUCCUGGGCGGGGAGGGAAGGGGAGGAAAAUAUUGGAGCCCUUCUCUCCUACGCCGCCUUGAAAUAGAUUUGAGGAGCUGCCCUUCCUCCUCCCCUCCCCCUUUCCCGCUGGUCGUUUGGCAUCUUCCAGACCAUGUCCACUGGGUCCCUCAGUGAUGUGGAAGAUCUGCAGGAGGUCGAGAUGCUGGAGUGCGAUGGCCUGAAAAUGGAUACUAACAAAGAGUUUGGGGCGUCCACCGAAAGCAACGAGGAGGGAUCCAAUGGCGAGAAUGGCUCCCCUCAGAAGGGGAGAGGGGCCUCGGGCAAGAGGAAAAAAGCUCCCCCCAAGAAGAGCCCUUUAAAUGGAGUGAGCCAGGAGGGAAAGCAGGUCCAGAGAAAUGCUGCCAACGCCAGGGAGAGAGCAAGGAUGAGGGUCCUUAGCAAAGCCUUCUCCAGGCUUAAGACCACCCUGCCCUGGGUGCCCCCAGACACCAAACUUUCCAAACUGGACACCUUGAGGCUGGCCUCCAGCUACAUUGCUCACCUGAGGCAGAUCCUGGCCAAUGACAAGUAUGAAAACGGCUACAUCCACCCAGUCAACUUG